AUGCCUUGCAUUCUUCCCACACGAUCAUCCGAGCCCUGCGGCGCCAAGGGCCCGCGCGGCCUCAAGCGAUGGUUUCAAAGUAUCUUCAAGCCGACCAGCGCCAAGUGCGCCUGUCGGAAACCCUUCAAGCCAACGCGAUCCAAGAUCAAGGUGUCCAAACCAAAGCCUUGCUACAAUCCGGUCUUUGUCGCCAUUCCUCUCAAGUACGCCUCGGAGCACAAGCGGUCGCUUGUCGUCGCCGGUCGCCGUGUGCCCUUCACACCGUCCCAAGUCUCCCAAUGGAAAGAGCUGCGCAGAGAAUCCAGCGUCCUCUUCCCACCGAUCGAAGAAGAGACCCAUCUUUGCGACCACUGCUUGUGCAAAAGCAAUGCCACGACGCACGAAGACGACGACGACGACGAGUACUAAGUUCCUAGAUAGACUUUCUUAUUUAUGCACACACCUUGCCACCUCGA